AGCAAUCUUCGCGACGAUUGUUCCGCUCCGUGAAACGUACCUAACUGAAGAAUCAUUUGUCACGCCAGCCCCUCAAACACACCUUCAUUUACGACAUUGGGCUGAUUUCAUUUAGUACAUUUUUCAAUACGGGCGGCAAGACAUGAACCGUUGCUUCGUUUUCGGUCCAAAGAAGUGAAUAUGAUCAAGAGUGCGCAACUAGUUGCUCUAGUGAUUCUGGUCUUCGGUCAAGAGACUUUCUGUGACACAGAUGUGCAAAUCGUAAAGGGCACCAACACCAACCUGGCCGAGGCCCAGCAGUUCCUUCGCGAAUACGACCUGGAAGCCUCCGAGAUGUGCCUGCGGGUCAGUUCCGCCCAGUGGGCCUACUCCACCAACAUGACCGACCUCAACAAGAGGCGCAUGGUGGAGGAGCAGACGCACAAGGCCAAGUUCGAUAAGUUCACGUGGAGCAGGGCGGCCGCGUUCGACUGGACGAUGCUGCAGGAUGCGACGGUGAGGAGGCAACUGCGGAUGCUGACCAGCAACACCAGGGCUUGCUUGUCGGACGAUAAGUAUAAUGAGAUUUAUCACUUAAUUUCGGAAAUGAAAGACAUGUACGCACACGUCAGGGUAUGUCCAUUUAGGCCAACAGGCGACUAUAAGCACGUUUAUUGCGACUUGGAGUUAGAUCCAGACAUACAAAGAAUCAUGGCAGAGUCUAGGAACAACAUUGAAUUGACUCACAUAUGGACACAAUGGCAUGACAGAGUUGGUCCCCAGAUGAAAAAUAAAUUCAUGAGAUACGUUGAUCUGGCUAACCAAGCUGCUAGAAUAAAUGGAUUUCAAGAUGCUGGGGAAGAAAUGCGUUACGUAUACGAAGAUUCCAACUUAGAAAAUGAACUAGCAGGGUCCUUCCAAAAGCUGCUUCCCCUCUACAAGCAGCUUUUAACGUAUGUGAGAAGAAAAUUACUUCAGAGAUAUGGUUCUAAUGUCAUUCGACCAGAUGGUCCCCUUCCAGCGCACAUUUUGGGUAAUCUGUGGGCUCAAGAUUGGAGUAAUAUCGCUGACAUUGUUUUGCCUUAUCCGGAAUAUAAAAACAUUGAUGUCAGCGAUGAAAUGUUGCAUCAAGGCUUUACACCUUUGAGGAUGUUUCAAAUGGCUGAAGAGUUUUUUACAUCCAUUGGAUUAAAACCAAUGCCUCCAGAAUUCUGGAGACAUUCCAUGCUGGAAAGACCCAAUGGUAGAAAAGCACAAUGCACUGCUAGUGCAUGGGACUUUUGUAAUAAAAUUGAUUUUAGGAUAAAACAGUGCACUGAAGUCAAUAUGAAAAAUUUGAUUACCAUCCAUCAUGAAAUGACUCAUAUUGAAUAUUAUAUGUAUUAUUCAGACCAAACUUACUUAUUCAGAGAUGGAGCUAACCCAGGAUUCCAUGAAGGUGUCGCAAAUUCUAUAACUUUGUCAGUUUUUAACCCAGUACAUUUACGAAGAGUAGGUCUCUUCAACAAUAACACAGAAAUAUAUGAAAGUAACAUUAACUUUUUAUUACUUAUGGCUUUAAAAAAAGUUGCAUAUGCACCUUUUGCCUAUUUAGUCGAUCAGUGGAGGUACCAAAUUUUUGAGAGCGGAGUGAGCAAAAUGAAUCGAAAUUGGUGGGACCUUCGACUAAGACUGCAAGGCAUUGUACCACCGGUACCUAGAUCUGAGAACCACUUUGACGCAGCUGCUAAGAGACACAUUCCAGCCGAUAUUCCUUAUAUCCGAUACUAUGUAGCCCUUCUCUUGGAGUUCCAAAUUCACGAAGCAAUGUGUGACGCAGCCGGAUAUGAUGGACCACUGCACUCUUGCGAUAUAUAUCGUUCCAGGGAAGCGGGUAGGGUGUUAAUCGAUAUAAUGAAGGUGGGUAAAGCGAGACACUGGAAGGACAUAAUAAAAAUGCUGACAAAGGGCGACUCUAAUCGCCUAACCGCUGAUGCCAUGCUGGACUACUUCCAACCCCUAAUGCUGUGGUUGAUGGAGCAAAACAGGGACGAAAGGAUAGUGGGGUGGACAAUGUAUAAAGAAGAUACUGCUCUAUUUCAACCUUUACUUUAUGGAUUUGCGAACAAACCAUUAUUCGAUUGUAAUACAGUUAUUUUUGUGAUAAUAUUAAGAUUAAUACUGUGAAUUUUUUAAA